UAUGUGCAUCCACUAGGCCUAUUUGUACAUUAAAAUAAGAAUAGACGCGUCUGUAGCUCGAAGCAAAUAUAUUCAGCAUAUUUAGGCAAUAGACAGUCUUUAAUGGACGGGAUGUAGGGAUACAGCCUAGGCCCAAUCAUAAAUGCAAAGCCUACAUUGGGCAUUUAAAGUGACUGGAUAAGGCAAUUUGUUAUGCAAGUAGUACACUAUUGGAUCAAUCAGAGAUGAAGGAAAAGUCCAAGAAUGCAGCGAAGACCAGACGGGAAAAAGAAAAUGGAGAAUUUUAUGAACUGGCGAAGUUAUUGCCGCUGCCCUCUGCCAUCACAUCGCAACUGGACAAAGCCUCAAUCAUUCGACUUACAACAAGUUACCUCAAAAUGAGAUCUGUGUUCCCAGAUGGUCUAGGGGAUGCCUGGGGACAACCUACUCGACACAGUCCACUGGACAACAUGGCAAAAGAGUUGGGCUCACACCUACUCCAGACCCUUGAUGGCUUUGUCUUUGUGGUGGCAUCUGAUGGGAAAAUAAUGUACAUCUCUGAGACGGCCUCCGUUCAUCUAGGAUUGUCACAGGUGGAGCUGACAGGAAAUAGUAUUUUUGAGUAUAUCCACCCCUCAGACCAUGAUGAGAUGACAGCAGUACUGAGCGCACACCAGCCUCUCACCCCUCACUUCAUGCAAGAGUACGAGAUGGAGCGUUCCUUUUUCCUGAGAAUGAAGUGUGUUCUGGCCAAGCGCAACGCUGGACUAACGUGUGGAGGUUACAAGGUGAUCCAUUGUAGCGGUUAUCUGAAGAUCCGGCAAUAUGUGAUGGACAUGACUAUCUAUGACUCCUGUUAUCAGAUCAUAGGUCUGGUGGCAGUUGGCCAUUCACUGCCUCCAAGUGGAAUCACUGAGAUCAAGCUACACAGCAACAUGUUCAUGUUUCGUGCUAGCCUCGAUCUAAAGCUCAUCUUUCUUGAUAGCAGGGUUGCUGAAUUAACAGGUUAUGAGCCUCAGGAUCUGAUUGAGAAAACCUUAUAUCACCAUGUCCAUGGGUGUGACGUGUUCCAUCUUCGCUAUGCUCACCACCUGUUGUUGGUGAAAGGACAAGUUACCACCAAGUACUACAGGAUGCUCUCCAAGCAUGGCGGCUGGGUAUGGGUUCAGAGCUACGCCACUAUUGUCCACAACAGCCGCUCAUCACGACCCCACUGCAUUGUCAGUGUCAACUAUGUGCUAACGGAGAUUGAAUAUAAAGACAUGCUGCUCUCCCAGGACCAAACCAGGGCCAUCAAACCAGCACUCACCUACAAGAGCACACCCACAUCACAGGACUCCCGGAAACAGCUCAAAACCAAAGCAGUCAAGAUCAAAGCCAAGCUGAAGAUGUCUCCUUACCCUCAGCCAAGUCCCUCUUUCCACCCUGACAAGCAGGAGUGCCCCUCUCAGGCUGGGAGCUGGAAAGAGAGUCCCCCGUGCAGCCUCGUAUCCUGCCAGGAGCAGGCCUCUGUGUCUGAGGCGGCGGAGGUGCUCUGCACUCCUGCCUAUGGACUUCCGCUUCCCUACCCCUACGGGCACUUUCCCGCCGACAGCCCCGCGUUCGCGGUCAGGAAGCUGCGGCCAGCCCAGAACUCCGCAGGCCAGACCACUCGCCAGCUACUGAGCUCCCUGCAGACCCGGGCCGAUGGCCACUGGAACUGCACCAACCCUUGUUCGUCGCACUCCGCGAAAAGCCACCACAACCACACCUUGAGUCCCUCCCCAGGGCCCUGCAACAGCCCAUACGCAGGGCCAACAGCAAGCAGAAGAUACAUCAGUGAACCAAUUCAUGAGGGCUUUUCCAGCUGUUCAACUUCCAGACCUAGCAGCGGGUUCAAGGAGGAGCCGUACGAAACCCCCCCUCAGCAUGUCACGAAAGAAGACAGCAAGAUGCUGUUCAGUCGAGACCCCAAAGACUCUCUCGACGCGGCAGAGAAGUGCAGCAAUCCGUGCAGCAUGUUCGGUGGCCCCGCGUUCGCCAAGGCCAGCUGUGAACAGGCGCGACCCCUUCACAGCCUGGGCCAGCACUUACCUAUGCAGGUCAUGCUAGAGCAGCGGAGGAGGCUGUGCAUGAUGGAGUCCUCCUACACGCACCGGUCGGACCACCCCGGCUCCGACCAUAUGGACAGCGGUGGUGGGGACCGCGGGACCCCAAAGCUCGUGGAGCAGUGUGGUGCUGAGGACAAGAGGAUGUUCAUGGGAGUGGGCCUGGGGGGCCAUAGCCCCUAUGUGUCUUUGAACCUCCACCAUGUUCUAGCCAAGCAUAGCUCCUUCCAAGGACCGGCGUACACACUGGGCCAUUUAACGGACAAUUACAGCUACAGAGGGGAAGAGAUCAACCCGUACCUCUACAAAAGCCAAAGCCCAGCGUCCAGCUCUUCGCCCGAGAGCCACAGGGAGAUCCCCCAUUACAUUGGCACAUCUGUCAUCAUCACCAAUGAGAGGUAACAGGCCAAAAGGGUCAAAGGGCAGACCACAGGACACUGAGUGAGAGAAAGAGAAAGCGAGAGAGAAAGAGAGAGAGAGAACCUCAUUGCUUUCAGCAUCAGACUGACACCUUACACACAUAUGAGAUUCCUGCAAGAGGCGGCAUGCAAUUUCAGGUUUAUUGAAUAUAUAUUUUUGCAUACUUUUGAGCUGGCAUACUGUAUGUAAUGCGUUGGCAGAUUGUAGCCAAAAUUUGCAUAUUACAAAUUUACAGUCCAUUCAAAAACUAGCUGUAUCUUAGAAAGAAAACCUGUAAUGAUUUAUAUUGCUUUCGUUUUGUUUUUUUUUUACCAUAAUUUUGCAUGUUUUUAACACAGCUAUAAUACAAUUUCCUAAAUUCAGUUGACACUGCAAGCUUUGAAUGUGAUUUUCUGGUUGUUUUAAAACCCCAACAGAGUAAAAACUCAAUCUUGUCUGGAGAAAUUAGGAAAGGCACUGAAAUAAUUUUGACUAUGAGGUGAAAUGUACAAACAAGGACACCGGACCACACAAUUGUCAGUCAUCAGGACGAUACGAGCCACCACCAGAAGGCAUAUAGAGGCUCUCUUGUUGCCUAACAACCAGCUACAGUAUCUCAAUGCUUAACAUUAACAAGACUUCAGUUGGUCAUUCAAUUAUGAUUUUUCUUAAUGCAGUAGAGGUCAUGUGUGUAUUUAUUCUUGUGAAACACAUAGCGAUUUGCUUAUUUAUAAUGCAAAACAAUUGUCUCAUGUAUAAAUAAAAGCAUUCAUUUUCUCGGUGAAGAACUUGAAAUGAAAGAGAGUAGUU